GUUAUUUCCGUCCUCAACCACUAGAUGGCGCCGCGCACCUGUAAAUGGACCACCGUGUAGGAAUAGCCGCUGGGCGGAGCCGAAUCUAUCCGUUUGUUCACCCUCUGUAAAGUGAGCUCGCCGGGAAGUUUCAAGUAUCCGUCAGCGGGAAAUACCACUCGCUCUGCGGACAGGGGGAAGUGUCAGAGGGCUCUUGCUGGAUGGAGUUCAAAAAUGCAGGGCCCCCAGAGCUCCUGGACCCCAGCUUCCAACAGCAGCUGGAGGACUCCAGAGAGCAGCUUAAGCAGGAGAUCCAGAGAGAGCUGAAGAUAAAGGAAGGGGCUGAAAACAUGCACAAGGUGUCCAUGGAUAAGAAGCACCAGGGCAAUGUAGAGAGACAGCUGAGGGCGUCCAACCGGCGGCUUCACGAACUCCAUCGGCAGCUCCAGGAACUCAAUGGGAGGAUUGUCAUCAUGGAGAAAGACCGCAAACAAGAUGGCACCGUGUCCCCUGAUCCUUGCAUAUGGGAUCAAAAUUUUGACCCCUGGCAGCGAAGGGUGGAAGCCCUGAAGAGGCAGUUGCACAUAGAGAACAAGGUGAAACAGGGAGCAGAGAACAUUAUUCAGAUGUUUUCCAACGGGACCUCCAAGGAUCGGAAGCUCCUCUGCACAGCCCAGCAGAUGCUUCAGGACAGUCGGAUAAAGACUGAGUUAUUGCGCAUGCAGAUCGUGAAGCUCACCCAGGCUUCCGGGACAACCUGUGAAUCCAAAGAUACCCUGUCCCCUCUGGAGCUGCGCCUAGAGGAGCUGAGGCAUCACUUGCAGGUGGAAACUGCUGUAUCAGAAGGAGCCAAAAAUGUGGUUAAACUACUUGGAGGUCGUCGAUUGCAAGACCGCAAGGCCCUGGCUGAGGCCCAAGCACGACUACAUGAGUCCUGCCAGAAAAUUGACCUUCUGCGUCUGUCCCUUGAGAGAUGCCUGGCAGAACUUCCCUCUGAUCACCCAAAGCAGCAGCUCAUCAAAGAGGAACUGAAGAACUUCCCAACAACCGCGAGGAGUAAAGAUCCAGGCCCUAGCCACCCUUUAUCUUUACUCAUCAAACCCACGGCGCUCACAGGGACACUGGAAAUCCACCUCUUGGGCUGCCAGGAUCUUCUAGAGACUGUCCCUGGCCGUUCUCGAACAACUUCUAUUCAAGGGAGUCCCGGCGAGUCCAAGAACUUUAUUCGCUACCGCCCCGGGGGAAGUAUCCAUGGAUGGGGGGGAUCAGGCCGACACUUGCGGUCUGAUGAGCUCUGUGGAGAUGUCAUGUGUGUCUUGAAGGUCGAUAACAAGCAGGUGGCCCACACCAGCUGGGGACCUGUCCAUAAUCAGUGCUGGGACCAGAGAUUCACCAUAGAGUUGGAGAGGUCACGGGAGCUUGAAAUCUCUGUCCACUGGAGGGACUGGCGGGAGCUGUGCGCCGUACGCUUCCUGCGCCUGGAGGACUUCCUGGAUAACGAGCGCCACGGAAUGUGUCUGCAGCUGGAACCCCAGGGGAAGCUGUUUGCAGAGGUCAUGUUCUGUAACCCAAUUAUUGAGAGAAGGGGCACAGUCCAGAGGCAGAAGCGGAUCUUUCCCAAGCAGAAAGGAAAGGACUUCCUUCGGGCCACUCAGAUGAACAUUAACUUUGCCACGUGGGGGCGACUGAUGAUGAGUAUUUUGCCUCCGUGCAGCGCCAUGACCACAUUGAGCCCUCCUCUUAACGACCACAAUUCCGCAAACUCUCAUCCAUAUGUAGCAGGUGGCAGUGAUUUUCCUAUCAAAAAAUUAUUAUUCAAUGAAGAACCAUCACCGAAUCCGCCUCCUAAACCUCCGCGGCUCUACCUGAAGUCAGAGGAAGUGACUCCACCCUCCACUGUGGAACUUCCUGGCCAAGCAACAGGAAAGAGAAUGAAGCGGAUCCAUGGAGAAGAAGGCGGGGCACAGAGCAACUCUGAGCCCACUAAAGUGCAUAGUAGAACAACUUUGCAAGCGGAAGAUUUUACCUUUAUAUCUGUCCUCGGUCGGGGGCAUUUUGGCAAGGUGCUCCUGGCACAAUUUAAAGAGACGGGAAAAGUUUUCGCGAUCAAAGCCCUGAAGAAGCGAGACAUUGUGAGCAGAGAUGAGUUUGAAAGCUUGCAGUGCGAGAAGAGGAUUUUCGAAGCUGUUAAUUCCUCCGGACACCCCUUCCUGGUGAACCUGUUUGGUUGCUUCCAGACCCAAGGACACGCAUGCUUUGUGAUGGAAUAUAUGCCCGGGGGAGACCUCAUGAUGCACAUACACAGCAACGUCUUCUCAGAGCCGACAACAAGGUUCUAUUCGGCCUGCGUGGUGCUCGGCCUCCAGUUUCUCCAUGAGAAGAAAAUCAUAUACAGAGACCUGAAGCUUGAUAACCUCCUGAUGGAUGCGAGCGGCUUUGUGAAGAUUGCCGACUUUGGCUUGUGUAAAGAAGGCAUGGGUUUUGGAGAUCGUACAAGCACCUUUUGCGGAACCCCAGAAUUCCUGGCUCCGGAGGUCCUGACUGACACGUCAUAUACGUAUGCUGUGGACUGGUGGGGGCUUGGUGUUCUCAUCUACGAGAUGCUAGUAGGAGAGUGUCCCUUUCCUGGCGAUGACGAAGAAGAGGUGUUUGACAGUAUUGUCAACGAAGAGGUGCGGUAUCCUCGCUUCUUAUCUAACGACGUCAUCAACAUUAUCCGCAAGCUUUUGAGAAAAUCCCCGGAACGCCGGUUGGGUGCUGGUGCUGGAGAUGCAGAGGAGAUAAAGCCACAGCCAUUCUUUCAGGAGAUGGACUGGGAUGCACUUUAUGCCCGGCGGGUGAAACCCCCCGUUGUUCCCGUAUUAAGUGACCCCUUUGAUAUCAGGAACUUUGAUGAGGAAUUCACUGGGCAGAAAGCCAUACUCUCCCCUUCUGAUGACCCUCGUCCUCUGACCUCCGCCGAUCAAAUUCUCUUUCAGGACUUUGAUUUUGCCUCUGAACUUCUCCUUGAUCCCUAGUUAGGUCAUUCUUCUAGUCGGCCCGUGUCCUGCUUACUUGGUUGGUAGCCAUCUCUCUUGUUAUUUGAAAGGAGAACAAACACACCAUUAUAAUAUACACUAUGCCCUACAAUUCACUUCAUUUAAUGUCAUGUGAUCACUUAAAGAGUAAUAGAGGGUUUAAUGCUUGGGGUUCCCAUUGCACACUACCCGAUAGAUGCUAUAAAAGGUUCUCAUUGGCCAUUCUCUUUAUUUGCUUCUCACUACUUCGAGACCAAAGAGCCCAUUUAUGCAGCACUUCAAUGAAAGUAUAUCUCGCACUUUGUUACCCCUAAAAUUAUCUUAUCUUAAAGGUCACCCCCCAUACCUUCCAGUUCUACGUUCUUAUUAAUGUGAAUAGUUGGGACACUGACACUCCAUCCAAUUCUACCUCCUCCAGGCAAUAGGCCUAAAAUUAAGGAAGAGAUGAUGUCAUUCAGGAGUAUGUGAUGUCAUCCUCGGUGGGCUGCUUUGUCCCAUAGAGCUCUGAAAAUUCGACCAGGUGGGAAAGUAGUUUGUAGGGAUACACCGAACCCCGCAAAUCCUUUGCGAAAGAUUUGGCCGAAUACGCAUAUGCAAAUUAGGGGUGGGAAGGGGAAAACAUUUUUUACUUCCUUGUUUUGUGACAAAAAGUCACGUGAUUUCCCUCCCUGUCCCCUAAUUUGCAUAUGGAACUUAGGAUCUCGGAUUCGGUUCGGCCGGGCAGAAGAAUUAAUCUGAAUCCUGCUGAAAAAGGCCGAAUCCCGAACCGAAUCCUGGAUAGUUUGUAGUAUAUAAACUGAAUUUAUAAUCAUUUAAGAAACCUAACAUGAGUACCAGAGACGUAACUAGAGGGGGGCGGGACGUGCAGCCUGGCCCCGCCCCCUCCGGAAACGGCCGCAUUUCCUAUUUACGAGUGGCGUGUGAGCUGCCGGGGGGCCUCGAGGGGGUGCGGGCCCUGGCCCUGCUCCCCCGGUAGUUACGCCACUGAUAAGUACAUAGUAGUGAUGCACUGAAUCCAAGGGUCGGUUUGGUAUUCUGCCAAAUUUUGGAUUCGGUACAUCCCUGGUACAGUCUGCCUGGCAGGAUUCUGUAUGCACAGGAGGAAUACACCCAGCCGUCAGCUGCAGCAUUUGCCCCCUCCAUGCUGAGUUACUAUAGGUUUCCCUUUAUAUUUUUUAUUAAAUAACUGCAUUCCUCAUGUUUCCGUUAUGGUAUAAAUCCUGCUGUUGGUGCCUGAAUAUGAAGUAAAGCCGUUGCUGUAGCAUCGAGCAGGACAUGUACAAUGUUGGAGGUUAUUAGUUGUGAAUGAAUAUGAAGAAUCAGACUACAUUUCUAGCCAGAUGUAAUGUGUGUAUAUAUAUAUAUGUGUGUGUUUCUGUUUUUACAGAUUGUUAAUUUAUCAAUGUUUGUACGGGAAAUAGAGACGCAAAUAUAAGAAACUUGUCCAAUGAAA